AUGCUCUUAUCCUGCACUUGUUUUCCGUUCACUCUUCUCUGCAUUGUUGCAUUGCUUAGUUUGAGCCUAGCUACGAAACAAAAAAUUUAUUAUGGCGAAGCUGAGCUCAUUCGUCAACUGCUCACUAAUACCUCUGAAUGGACUUAUGUCCAAAAGAAUGCUGAUGGUUUUUAUGUGAACUUUAUUGAAAUGGACGUCAUCUUAAGUCCCGAUGAUUUACAUGGCUUUUUCAAGCUUUUCACAAACAAAUUUGUCUACUAUGAAAGUGAUGCUGAUCCACAUCAUCAGCCGUUGGAUAAAGACAAAGCAUCCAUAGAAACAUUUCACAACGUCGGUUGGAAUAUCAUUUAUACCAGUCAAAAUUAUGGUUGGACCGAAGAACGUGAUGAAAUUUUAGGUUAUUACAAUCUGACAGAACAUGUCCUUCGUCGACCAGAUUUCGUUCAACUUGGCCCAUGGACUCUAUCUGGCAAUAUUUCUAAUGAUCCUGGGAUAGGACCAUACUCGAAUGCACAGUACCGAGCAUGGAUAAAUCAGUCCGAUGGAGUCUCGACAGAUGGACCGCUGGGCUACUGGCAAAUUGAUUUUCAACAAAUGCGUGAAGGCAGUUAUUCGGUUGUUCAAUAUGCUCACAGUAUCAGCAAGUUGGCAGCCGUAAUGCUGUGUCCGUAUGGUGCCGGCGUUGUCACAUAUAAUUCGACCAGAGAUUAUGUCACUGUGGGUAUUUCUGCCAUUCAUGGACACGAAGACAAUGAUGCCGAUCCAGAUAUUUGGAUCAUAUUUGAGUACGCCGAUAAUGUUAUUCCAGCUGUUCCCGAACAAAUAAGUGGCUAUCCAGCCAACUCAACGACUGGCAUGGCUUUCUAUGCACUGAAACAUCGCGAUGGAGAAGCUGAAACACUUGAUUUGUACAUAGAUGAAGGAAAAAUUGGACAAUUUGCUUACGUGACACAAUCGACGAAACCCGAUAUGAUUUUAAACUCAAACGGAGCAGCCGGAACGACUCUGAAUUACACGCUUCAUGUGGCUGAUUAUAGUUCCUGGCUAGAUUAUGCUGCUUGCAUUCGAGUUCGAAUUUCAACUGACCAACAAGAUGGAUGGCACAUACGGUACUCAAUUGGUGAAGUAGAUAUUACAGAAACUAUCACCAGUGUUGAUGGAUUUAUCUUCGUUAGAGAGAACCGUGUUCGACCCAAUACAGUGCAGAGUAUCAACGUCUCGUUUACUCAGACAUCUAUGGUGCAUCACAGUAUGACAUUAACAAUCGAAUUGGCUGCACAUCGUGGUAGCACUGUAGUAGAUUCACUUCGAAUUAUGGCAUGA